UCAGGGUGUAAGAGAAUGUAAGUGCACCCCUUCAUAAGCAUCCACCCUCACCUGGUAUCUCACACACACACAGGGAAACACAUUCGUUCUGCUGCUGAGGACUUCAUUCCACCAAACAUGAAUGUAAAUUACUUUGUUGAUGCUGCAGUUGACAAAGCAGCUAUAGCUGCCAAAACCAAGGUGAAAUCCAUGUUGGGAGGAGGAGGAGGAGGAGGAGACGCAAAGAAACCAAGCAAGUCAGGAGGUAUUGGAGGACUUUUUCCUUCAGCAGGAGGUUCGAGUAAUGGAGACAAAGAGAAGAAAGGGGGACUGUUUGGAGGCCUGCUUGCAACACCCCAGGAUGAGGUGAACCCGGCAGCAGGAGGUGCAGGAGGUGCAGGAGGUGCAGCAGGUGCAGGAGGUGCAGGAGGAGGCACAGAAGGCCAGGAUUUCAACUCAGCAGUGGAUGAGCUUGCUGGUUUGUAAGCUGAAGGAGCCGGACAUGUCACCAAAAAUAUUGCAAUUAUUGAAUUUCUGCUUUUCUUCUGAAUGGAGCUGGACAGAACAAAUACAGCAGGAUAAGCUUGAAACGCUGAUGUGUACAGUAUAUGAAGGCAUGGCAAAUGAAGAAGCGACAGUUCAGCCUAUUACUAUUUUAUCUGUUAUCAACCAGUGCUACAUGUCCACAUGUCAUUAACAGUGUUUGGUGCAAUUAUAUAGAUAAUAUGUUUUAAUACUCAAUAUUUUAAUAUUUUCAAAUUAAAAGUGACAAAUGUGUACUAUUACCAUCAGCGUCUCAUAUUAGAUAUUAAGCUUGUUUUUUACUCCCACAUUUUAAUGUUUACAUGUUUUAGAAUUAAAAUAGCCAUGACUUACUGUUAAAUUAAGGACAUAAUGUACAUUUGUUCUAUUUGGUUUUUUUUUUACUUGGGCCCUUGAUGCAAAGCCCUGCUCGGAGCAUAGUUUUAAUAAGCCUACAUUUUGAGGUCUCUUCUGUUCAAAUAUGGAAGUUCUACUUUUAUUAGCAUUGUAACGGAAGUAAAAUCAUUUGAAUAAAGAAAGCUGUUAAUGGAUGAUUGACAGUUAUAUUGUGAGAAACCCUCUUGGCUGUAGAUGUUUGGUUAAUGAGUACAGUGAGUAUAUAAGUAACCAGGUGAACACUUUUACCAGGCUACUCUGACCAAGACAAUGUUGGUGAUUUUAGUAAAAAUAACAGUUUUGUAAUGAAA